AUGCAACGUCAAUUGAGAAGAAAAUCAUGCUAUCAGGCAUGUUUAGAAGUUAAGCAAGCAUUCCAGCUUAACUCAUUUACCCUUGAGGGUUUUGAAAUUCAUCAAAAGAUGGAUACCCAAUAUUUUACAGAUCACGACCAUGGUUAUCUUAUCAAAGAACCAAAACUAAAAAUCAACUUCAGAGAAAGAGAUGAAUUUCAAAGAUACAAGCAAUCUUUAUAUACACAAGAAGAAUAUAAAGGGAGGGAUAUGGUCUCGAGUGAUUGGCAAGAUGAUGCAUUACUUAGAACUCAUUUCAAAUCUAAACUCCAAAUUAAUUUAAUAGAAGGUCCAAAACUAAGACCAAGAAGAAGAAUUGAGCGGUUAAAAGUCAUGCUUAAAGGAAAAGAAGGUUCCAUGUUUGAUGAUGUCUUUAUUAUCAAGAGUUCAAGUAUCCUAGAACGUAUUUAUCAUAACAUUGGUAAACAUUUGGAUACCGUCAAAUAUAAAUCAAUUGAUGAAAACGUUGAACACAUAUUGAAAGAAGUUGAAAAUGAAAAAUCAAUGAAACUAGUUACCAAAUGUGAAAACUACAAUAGUGAAUAUGCAAGAAUGAUGAUAAGAUCUGAAAUCCAAUACCAAAAUCAACUAAGACGUCAAAGAGAUGGUGAUAAUGAUGAUUCUGAAGUUUGA